AUGCCAGCAGGGCUGCAGCCCCCCGAGCCAUGCGGUGACGUGGGGACAGCCCGGCGCCGCAGCAGCCAUGGCCCAGUCCCGGGCCAACGGGUCCCACUACGCCCUGACGGCCAUCGGGCUGGGCAUGCUGGUCCUGGGCAUCAUCAUGGCCGUGUGGAACCUCGUGCCCGGCUUCGGCCCCGCCGACAAACCCGGCGGCCAGGCCGGCAACAGCAGCAAGCCGGACCGCGGCUCCGGGGGCAUCCUGAAGAGCAAGACCUUCUCGGUGGCCUACGUGCUGGUGGGGGCAGGAUUGCUGCUGCUGCUGCUCUCCCUCUGCCUCAACAUCCGCGACAAGAAGAGGCAGAGCGAGGAGCUCGCCGUCGCCCACGUGCAGCGCCAGGUGUCUGCGGAGCCCUCGCAGCAGGAGGACAGCCAAGAAGAGGAUGAAGACGCCUCUUCCCAAUACUACGUGCCCAGCUACGAGGAGGUGAUGAACACGGGCUACCAUGAGCCCAGAGACUCGGACAGGAGCAACAGGCUCAGCGUCUCCCUGCCCUCCUACGAGUCCUUGGCAGGGCUGGGCGAGAGCAGCCAGGCGCCGGGAGCGGCGGGCGCGGAGCCCGGCACGGAGAGGCCGCCCAGCCGGCACAGCUCCCGCCUCAGCAAGCGCCUCAAGCCCCUCAAGGUCCGCAGGAUCAAGUCAGAGAAGCUGCACCUGAAGGACAUCAGGCUAAACCUGGCGCAGGGCAACAGCAGUGUCCCCAUCACGAUAGAGCCCCUCACCCCUCCGCCCAAGUACGAGGAGAUCCAGGAGAAAAUGCCAGUGAGCCAGCAAAUGCCUUAAAAAAAAAAAAAAACAGAGGAAUCUGUGAUGCUGCUUGGUUGAGGGUUUUCUAAAACUCACCAUGCCAAGAGGGGCUUGGUGUGUGGGUGCAGAAGCAGCCAGGGCUCCCUGGAAGCUGCCACGUGGAGGAUGUGCUGUGGCACAAGGACGGGACUUGUUUUCCCUGGGACUGGGUUUUGCAAAAGACUGUGGGGAAGGAAACCUGAACACCACAAGUUCUGCUGCUGUGAAUUAAAUGAAGGCUGGACGUGCCAAAACUCUCACUUGUGGUGUUUGAUACGAGACCACCCAGUGCAUCCUCUCAUCUCCUCUCCCCCUUGCUUCCAGCAAGACUCUUCCAAGCCACCAAACUGAUAUUGCAGAAGGAUUUUCCAAGUGGAAAAGCGAAAUGUUUCUUUUUUUGGGGUGUCUUUUCUUUCUGAGGAAGGGGAAGCGCGUUGCCAGGGCAGCACCACGGCUUUCCCUGGCUCCCAAGUGGGCUGGGCUGGUGGCCCGGAGCCAGCCCCGACUCCUGCCAAGGUCUCUUCUGGCUGGUGGGAAGCAGCUGAAAGGAGCUUCCUGCUCCUCAGGGAGAGGAUGGAUUUCUUAGCCCUGUUGCUUUCCCUGUUGUGUUUUGUGCUCCAUUCGAGGCAAGCGGGUGACUCUGGGGGGUUGAGAGCUGCGUGCACCAGUGCCAGGGGUGAAACCACUGCUGAGCAUCCUGUGCAGGCAGACUGGUCUGA